UGCCACAAAUCUUUUCCAUUCUGACUAAUCGCAUGCCGCUUUGACUCGUGGCUCGUGAUGGAAUAAACACCUCAAUUUCCAACAUUAUUUCAUGAACAAAAACAAGUUACUCCUAAACUUAGUUUAGCGCAUGAAUUGAAUCAGAUUUGUACUAAUUUAAGUGAAAUUGCAUUUACUAUCGUGUCAUCAGCUAUGUCAAUGAAACGCGCCCAACCGACGUGGCAAACUCCGGUUCCUUCGGGAGAAGAACCAAAACUCCGACUGUACAACAGUCUCACCCGGCAGAAGGAAAUCUUCGUUCCACGAGAUGGACGGAACGUAAAAUGGUACAGUUGCGGCCCAACGGUAUACGAUGCCUCCCAUAUGGGCCAUGCCCGGUCAUACAUUAGUUUCGAUAUCCUGCGACGAGUGCUGUCCGAUUAUUUUGGAUACAAUAUUUUGUACGUGAUGAACAUUACCGAUAUCGACGAUAAAAUCAUCAAACGAGCGAGACAGAACUAUUUAUACGAACGCUACGUGGAACGUACAACUUCUCUGGAACAGAUGCUGGACGAUAGCAAAGAAGUUAUGAGUGCCUUCCGGGGAAACCUCACGCGAACGGACGAUCCAGACAAGAAGACUAUGAUGGAGCGGAUGCUCGAGAAGCUGACCUACGCUGUGGAUAAAUUGACGAUUGCGGUCAAAAGUGGCCAACCGGAAAAGGUGCAGAAAGCCCAGCAGCAGUUUCUUGUGGAUUCCAAGGAUCCACUGGCGGAUUUGUUGGACAAGAAAGAAGGUGCGACGGUGAAUGAAAAUUCCAUCUUCGAAACACUGCCCCGCUAUUGGGAGGAUGAAUUCCACAACGAUAUGAAUGCGCUGAAUGUGCUACCGCCGGAUGUUCUGACCAGGGUGAGCGAGUAUGUGCCCCAGAUUGUGGAGUAUAUUCAAAAGAUUAUUGACAAUAGUUUGGCGUAUGAGGCAAAUGGAUCGGUAUAUUUCGAUGUAGCCGGAUUUGAUAAACGUGAGAAGCACUAUUACGCAAAGCUUGUUCCCGAAGCAUAUGGUGACGCAAAAUCACUGCAGGAAGGUGAGGGGGAUUUGAGUACGGGAGAAGAUCGUCUCUCGGAGAAACGAUCCCCGAAUGAUUUCGCCUUGUGGAAGAGUAGCAAAGCGGGUGAACCGUGGUGGGAUAGUCCCUGGGGUAAGGGUCGCCCCGGGUGGCACAUAGAAUGUUCCGCGAUGGCUUCCGAUAUCUGUGGAGAUUAUUUGGACAUCCACACGGGUGGGGUGGAUCUGAAGUUCCCCCAUCAUGAUAACGAGUUGGCUCAGAGCGAAGCGCACGACGAUAGUUCCGAAUGGGUAAAGUACUUUUUACACACGGGUCAUCUGACGAUUGCCGGAUGCAAGAUGUCCAAGUCGUUGAAGAACUUUGUGACAAUCCAACAAGCGCUACAGAAACACACCUCGACUCAGCUGAGGCUAGCCUUCCUCCUGCACUCAUGGAAAGACACAUUGGAUUACUCGGAAAAUACCAUGGAAAUGGCUGUGCAGUAUGAACGAUUUUUGAAUGAAUUCUUCCUGAACGUCAAGGAUUUGACGCGCCAUGUGGUCAGCGGAAAACCACGGGAUCAGUUCAACAGCUGGAGCAUCGUUGAGAACGAUUUACAAAGGAAAAUGAAUGCUACAAAAGAAUCUGUUAAUGAAGCACUUUGCGAUAACGUUGAUACCCGAACGGCACUGGAUGCCAUUAGAGAUUUGGUUUCCCACAGCAAUGUAUACAUCAGGGAUCACAAAAAUGAAUUAAACGCGUUGCUACUCAGAAGAAUCGCUAGCUACAUAACGGAACUUCUCCAUAUUUUCGGCGCCAUCAAUGGUCCACGAGGAGGGAUUGGCUUCCCCAUCGGAGGGAGUGCGGCAAAUGCAGAUCUCGAGGAAACCGUUAUGCCGUAUUUAUCCGCGCUGUCUGAAUUCCGCACCGAGAUUCGGGAACAAGCUCGCACGAUUAAAAGCUUGGAAAUUCUCACCCUCUGCGAUCAACUUCGGGAUGAUAUUCUCCCGAACUUGGGCGUCCGGCUGGAGGACCGUGAAGGUAACCCAUCCGCAUUGAAGCUGGUCGACCGCGAAGUGCUGCUGAAGGAACGCGAGGCCAAGCGUGCGGAAGAGGGUCGCAAGGCGGCGGAGAAGGAACGCAAGAAGGCGGAAGCAGCUGCCGCUCAAGCAGCCAAGGAUGCCCAGCGGAAAAUCAACCCCGUUGACAUGUUCCGCAGUGAAGCGGAUAAAUAUUCAGCCUUCGAUGAGCGUGGUUUGCCGACGCACGAUGCUGAGGGGAAAGAAAUCAGCAAGGGACAGCAGAAGAAGCUGCAGAAACUCCAGCAGCAACAGGAAAAACGCUACCUGGAUUAUGUGGAAUCGUUGAAAGCCUGAGAUAUUUAAAGUUAUUACAGUGCAUUGAUUAAAGCUUUUAUGUGAAAGUCAUAAUAAAUUUGACUUAUUAUUGAGGCAAUUCAAAUUAUUAUUUAAACCACAGGUC